AUUAUUUACAUCAUAUGUUAAAAACAAAAAAGUGAAAAUCCUCCCUCCCUCUUUGGCCGCCCACCCCUCCUUCAAUCUUCUUAGCCGGCGACCUCCAAGAGCAGCAGGUGACGAGCCUUGGACGAUUACAACCCACCUGAACUCACGUUGUUGCCCACGUCGAACACGUUUCAAAGCAAGUUUUCCUUGUUCACUUGUUUUGGAAUUGACCCACACUUCGAUUAGCUUCAAAUUAGUUUACCCAUGCCCAAACCUACGAGUUUGAACGUGUUCAGACUCUAACCAGCAAGGAUCAGAGCCUUUUGGGUAAGAUUCGGCCUUUUAAGAGUUUGUUUGUUCGGAUUUCCGACUGAGAAUUAUAGGAUUGUCAAAUGAGAUGAAAGGUUGGGCUAUGGUUUUGAAGAAGGUGAUGUUUGGCAAUUUGGCAUAGGACAUCAAAGGAUGUUUCUUUCAGCUUAUAUACUUUUACUUCAAACUUAUUUUUUAUAAGCUGCUUCCACUGAUUUGUGUUAAGUUGUAAAAGAUUAUAUUGGUUAUGUUUCCGCAUUUUUGUUAUAAUAGUUGUAUUGAAAAAUACAGGCGGUUACAUAAACAUACACUAUGUAGAUUGUUAGCUAGGCUGUACAGUUCUGGUGAACAAACUGUUCCAGUGUCAGAUUCAAUCAAAAUUAUAUGUAAAACCAUGAUGACAUGCCAUACGUUGGCGCUUGAGACUGCCCUUGACCAAACUGGGAUUAGGAUUUCACCUGAGAUAGCUGAGCCUGUCCUUAGAAGAUUUGAGAAUGCUGGCAUGUUAGCUUAUAGGUUCUUUGAAUGGGCUUCCAAACAGCGAAACUAUGUUCACAGUGUGAGGGCUUACCACUCUAUGAUUGAGUCUUUAGCUAAGAUAAGGCAGUACCAGAUGGUGUGGGAUCUUGUGAAUGCUAUGAGGAAUAAGGAGAUUUUAAAUGUUGAGGCCUUUUGUAUUAUCAUGAGAAAGUAUGCUAGAGCUCAGAAAGUAGAGGAAGCAGUUUAUACAUUCAAUGUCAUGGAAAAAUAUAAUAUGAAACCAAAUGUAGCUGCAUUUAAUGGAUUGCUGUCUGCGCUGUGUAAAUCCAAAAAUGUGAGGAAGGCUCAGGAAAUUUUUGAUAAUAUGAAGGACCAAUUUGUUCCUGACUCAAAAACUUACAGCAUACUCAUUGAAGGAUGGGGUAGGGCUCCGAAUCUUCCAAAGGCAAGGGAGAUUUAUAGAGAAAUGAUUGAUAGCGGCUGCAUACCGGAUGAAGUGACAUACAGCAUUAUGGUUGACGUUCUUUGUAAGGCCGGAAGAGUCGAUGAAGCAGUUGAGAUUGUAAAAGAAAUGGAUUAUAAUAAUUGCAAACCAUCAUCGUUUAUCUAUAGUGUUUUGGUGCAUACUUAUGGUGUAGAAAACCGGAUUGAAGAUGCAGUCUCUACAUUCUUGGAGAUGGAAAGAAAUGGAGUUAUGGCCGAUGUGGCUGCAUAUAAUGCUUUAAUCAGUGCUUUUUGUAAAGCAAACAAGAUGAAGAAUGUCUAUAGGGUGUUGAAGGACAUGGACUUAAAGGGUGUUAACCCCAAUUCAAGGACUUGCAACAUCAUUAUAAACAGCUUAAUAGGCCGUGGUGAGACAGAUGAGGCAUUUAAGAUCUUUCGGAGAAUGAUCAAAGUGUGUGAACCAGACGUAGACUCCUAUACCAUGAUCAUAAAAAUGUUUUGUGGGAGGAAGGAACUCGAUAUGGCUCUUAAAAUCUGGAAGUAUAUGAAGAAGAAGCAGUUUGUUCCGAGCAUGCACACAUUCUCUGUUCUUAUUAAUGGACUGUGUCAGAUAGGCAAUGCUACACAAGCUUGUGUACUGUUAGAAGAGAUGAUAGAGAAGGGAAUUCGACCUUCUGGUGCCACAUUCGGGAGGUUGAGACAUUUAUUAAUUAAGGAAGGCAGAAAAGAUGUUCUAAAAUUUCUGCAGGAGAAAAUGAAUUUACUAGUCAAGGAGCCAUUAUGUGAUUGAGGAAUCUUGGCUAAAUGGAGCCAUGCUACUUUGCUGGAUAAACUAUUCAGGGAUAGAAGUCUUGGAGGCUAAAUGUCAUCCAGAUUUUACUUAUUCAAGCCGAAAUGCAAGAGCAGAAAAAGGGUAAGAUAGCUUGAGUAGGAAGAUUUCGAUGGUGAAGUGUUAGACCAAGUCUCAAGGCAUUUUUUAACACACCAAGCUCUUCCAAGUGAUUUUUCAGCAAAAAAAUCAAGCGAUUUCUCAACAACCAUAUAAGUUGGUGGUUGUAGUUUUCAGGACAAGUCUCAGUGCUUCAAUCAACAGGAUAUGUUAAUUGCAUAUCACAGUGAUUUUCCGCUUGAACUCUCCUCGUUUUGUCCUUAAAAAGUAGAAUUUCCCAAGGGCCCUGCAAUAUUUGUCUUAGGAGAUGCAUAAUAAAUGGAUGCUAAUUUGAUAAGUGGAUGUCAUUUCUUAUGUUCCAUAGUACGAUAAAAUGUGAGGUUCAUUGUCAAAUUUAUAAUCAACAAACACUUCAAGUGGAGGGUAAUAAAGCAAUUCUAAUUCUCAA